UUUGCCUAUAAAUAGGUUUGAAGCUCAAUCUUCAAGAUAUUGUAACUUAGUAUUUCAUUUAGUAAAUUUCGUUCUCAUCAUUAUAAGCAAUUAUCAAUAUCAUCAUCGAAUUGAAUUGGCUAUGGCUGCGUGUAACAAAGUUGUGUUCUUCACCAUUCUCCUUCUGAGUGGUAUCCUUUUUCUGGAAAAUAAGGUGGAACAUGUUAGUGCUCAGAUUUGCACUGCAGAUUGUGCCCCUGGAGUAGAAUAUAUGAUCUGCCCACCAAAGAAGAGGACUAAGCCAAAUUGCACAAAUUGUUGUCGAGCUAAAAACAAUCGAUGUCAGCUCUAUCGUUCUGAUAAUUCUCAAAUAUGCACUUAAUUAUUCCAGAUUGGUGUAUUAAAUAAAACUAAAUACAAAUAAUUCGAUCAUAUAAGAUAUAUGUGCAUUGAUCAAAUAAAUAAAUAAAUAAAUAAAUAAGUGUGUGUGUAUAUAAUAUAAUGCAUAGUAUAAGUUAUUGUGAAAUUCCUAAAUAAAUUAAGCAGAGUAUUGUGUUUACAAAAGAGUCUUUUUACAUAGUACUUUACUAUUGUACACACUUGUACACAUGUAUAUGAAGCAUAUUUGUCUCUCAAAGACAAAACAUGUGUAAAAAUAUGUAUAACAAUGAAGUGUGUACGACAAGAAUUGUUGAUGUAUUUAUGCCUAUGUACUAUAGCAGCUUUGCCUUUGCUACAAGAAUAAAGAUGUAUCCCAGUAUUAAAUAACAGAGAAUAAUAAAGUUAAAACUGUG